AUGCAGACAAAUAUGUAUCGCACGUGGCUGUCAUCGAUAACCUCAAGCUUCAACCCGAGCGCGUCCUGGAAUUUGUUCAGCACGUCCUGCAAGCCUGAUAUUUUACCGUCUAACCUUCGUUUCGCCCCUUCAACCUCUGUGGAUACGUUCGCAAGGUGA